AUGCUUAUGACACAGUCUCCAGUACCCGCACUGGUCACUGCACAGAACAACAAGACGUACAACUCGCGCAACCGGUCGCGCUCCAAUACCUACGAUACCAUCCCCGACUCGGCCAUUGAACUAUCCCACUCUGCGACGUCGUUAGAGUGCUCUAGCGGCGAUCACGACUUCAACGGCUACGGCUACGCCAUGAAUGGUCUGAUAGGCACCCAGCCUCCUGGCACCAUAUACGUGCGCGCCUUGUAUGACUACGAGGCCGACGAUCGGACAAGUCUCAGCUUCCACGAGGGCGAUAUCAUCCAGGUCAUAACGCAGUUGGAGAGCGGAUGGUGGGAUGGCGUAAUAAACGGUGUGCGCGGCUGGUUUCCCAGUAACUACUGUCAGAUCAUCACGAGCCCGGACGAGCUCCCCGAGUCGGAACCGGGCCAGAACGGCGAUGCAGACCACGUAGAUGAUGAGCCGGGAGACCAAAUAAUCUACGAGGAAGAAUUCGAGGAUGACGACGAUAUCGAGUCGGAUCAGGAUGACUUCAACGUCCUCCCCCUCGAGGGGACGAGCGCCGUCAGGAAAUCUGGCGCUGAUUUUUGGAUCCCACAAGCCACGCCUGACGGUAGACUGUUCUACUACAACACCAUGACGGGAGAGAGCGCAGUCGAACUCCCAAUGGAAUCGCCAACCUCCCUCAACGAGAGCGGACCCCGUGACAGGAUGAACGUGAAGAUACCGGAGAAGACGCGACCACCACCGGAGAUGAUGGCACGGGGCUUGACGAACGACGAGGAUGACGACUCAGAAGCCACCUCGGCGUCUGAGCUCGAUGGUGAAUCACUGAUGAUGGGGUCGAUAAGCUCAUUGCCCCCACGACAACGCCGCGCCUACAAUGACAGCGUAGGCAUCUCUCCCUCGCCCUCCAUGGACUCCAUCAACGGCAUGUCUCCUGCCACAAGAUCACGAGCCAACACAAACAACCUCACCACGCCCCUUCCGAUGUCCGCAGGCCUUGGUCAAACGCCCAUGCUGGCAUCCGCCACAUCCUUUACUGGAGCUGGCUUUACCCUCCCGCAGGCUGCGACUAUCCCUCACUCUUUCUUUGACGAUGGCACGACCCAGCCCUUGACGUGGAGCCUCCUAGUGGCGAACAUGAGGGACGCCAUCGACAGAUAUCGAGAAGCGAUAAUGACAAGUAGUCGAUCAGAGUACGUGAGCCGUGCUGAAGAUAUCUCCGAUCACCUACGACUGCUUCUCGCGGCUGGUUCAGGUACAACCGAUAACCACUCUGGCCAGCCAUCCAUAAUAUCGACCAACAAAGCUCUCUACCCGCACUUCCGCGACAUGAUGUCCAAGUUCUCCAAGCUCGUUAUCUCCUCGCAUAUUGCAGCUGCCGACUGGCCAAAUGCCGAAUCCGUGCAGAAGUGCAUACAGGAAGCCGACGGGGUCCUCUUGGGCGUCUUCAGCUUCGUAGAUGUCGCGAGGCAGCAGAGAGGAGAGGACAUCCCGCGGCUUUUCCCGGGGUUUGUCAUUGGCAGCACAGCGGGAGGGAGUUGGCAAAAUAACGGGCUCGCCCAACGCGACCCUAUCAUAUCAAAUUUCCUGGAGGACGAGGAAAACUUCUAUGAGCCGACUGCGGUUCUGGAUGGCAAGCUGCUUGAGAGGCUGGACGAAUACAAGAGGAUGCUGGUCUCUAGCAUCAGGGAACUGGAGAAAAACCUUGGGGUUUCCGAGAAGAUCAUCACCCCUUACAAACACGAACUCGUUGGGAACAAUGUGUGCACCGCCGGCGGUAAAGUUCUAGAGAUGUUCAAGCCAUGGAUCGCCAUGAUCGAGUCAAUCGACCUCACGUCGCUAGGGAACAGCUUCCAGACCCCGCAACUUGCGGAUUACGCCACCAAUAAGCAAAGCCUGUACGAUAACAUAUCCGACCUCCUUCUGGGAUGCCAAGCUGUUGCUGGUCCCCUAGGGGAUGAGUGGUCCGAGGUCCGUGGGGAGUCGCUAGAAAAUCGACUGGAGUACGUAAGACAGUGCGCACGAGCUUUGGAGACGAACUCCUCGCACAUUGGGUUCUCUCUACAGCUGUUGUCUGAACAGGUGCAGAUCAACCUCCAACAACAACAGCAGCAACAACAACGACAGGAAUUCCGUGUUCGCGACGACGGCUUUUCACGAGACCCGGGCACGAGAGGCACGUCCAUGCCGUACAAUGCCCUACACAAUCGCUCGGAAUCCCGUACCCUGAACGUCAGGCCGCCGCUCAUGGUCUCACAGUCCUUCACGGAAGGUGAAAGUGCACCUAAUAACUACAGGAAGGGCGACUUGUCGAAAGUUAGGAAGAUUUUGGGAGACGACCCUACUCCUCAAGGUGUCCUUCAACAACCUGAAGAGACGCCGCCAUUCUUGCGGCUCGACCUAGAGCAAGAUCUAUCUUGGGAUCUCAAGACGUCACCGCCAGCUGUCAAGGGCGGGUCUUUGUUGGCUUUGGUCGAACAACUCACGAGACAUGACAAGCUAGAUUCUAGCUUCAACAACACCUUCCUUCUAACCUACCGAUCCUUCACUUCGGCGCGGGAGCUCUUCGAGCUGCUCGUGAAACGUUUCAACAUCCAACCACCUGAGGGUCUGAACAACUCUGACUACGAUGUCUGGAGAGAUCGCAAGCAAAAGCCAAUCAGGUUCCGGGUGGUCAACAUUCUCAAGAAUUGGUUCGACAACUUCUGGAUGGAAGAGCCCAGCGAAGAGUCCAAGGAACUGAUACGUGAUGUCUACGCUUUUGCGAGAGACACUAUCAAAUCGACAGAAACUCCAGGAUCGGGUCCCCUCAUGACAGUUUUGGACCAACGGCUCAGCGGCAAGGAGAUGUCGAAGCGCCUAAUUCAGACGUUGGCCAACAAUGUUCCGCCACCAAUCAUGCCGAAGAACAUGAAGAAACUCAAGUUCCUGGAUAUCGACGUUACUGAGUUUGCGCGUCAACUAACAGUCAUCGAAUCCAAGCUCUACGGAAAAAUCAAGCCGACAGAAUGUCUCAACAAGACAUGGCAGAAGAAGGUGGGGGAGAACGAGCCAGAGCCGGCGCCAAACGUCAAGGCCCUCAUUCUACAUUCGAACCAAAUGACCAACUGGGUUGCCGAGAUGAUCUUGGCUCAGAUGGAUGUGAAGAAGAGAGUGGUCGUCAUCAAGCAUUUCGUGUCUGUUGCAGAUAAAUGCCGGAAUCUUAACAACUUCUCUACUCUGACGUCCAUCAUUUCUGCCCUUGGCACUGCGCCCAUCGCCCGUUUGAAGCGGACGUGGGAUCAAGUUCCAGCCCGCACUCAAGCUGUCCUGGAGACAAUGCGGCGGCUGAUGGCGAGUACAAAGAAUUUCGGCGAGUACAGAGAAGCUCUCCACGCUGCGAAUCCUCCAUGCAUUCCAUUCUUCGGUGUCUAUCUUACGGAUUUAACCUUCAUAGAGGACGGUAUUCCUUCGAUCAUCAAGAAGACUAAUAUGAUCAAUUUCGCCAAGCGUGCGAAGACGGCUGAGGUCAUCCGCGACAUCCAGCAAUAUCAGAAUGCACCGUAUUCGCUGCAGUCGGUCUCGGAAUUGCAAGAUUACAUCCUCAGUAACAUGCAAGCCGCGGGUGAUGUACACGAGAUGUACGACAAGAGCUUGGUAGUGGAGCCUCGCGAGCGUGAAGACGAGAAGAUCGUGAGUUACACGCAGUCGGCUACCGCUGAUAUCAAACGUGACGCUUGGGAGGCCAGUGGCUACUUUGAACUACACGACCACUAG